AAAUAUCUUUUUUGCAAAAAAAAAUCAAAACAAUGAAAGUUACAACAAAGUUAGUAUCUAUUCUCCAUUGUUCGUUACUAUCUUACACUAUGCUCACUACCGGUAAGAUAUAUAAACAUGUAAUAUGCUUGGAUCAUGAGCAUUUGGUACUUAAAGAUAAGCGUUCAUUGCUCUGUGGUUUUUGAACACUUUAACCAGGUCAAACAACAGCGCUGUGCUGUGACGCUCUGCAGUGUCCUGAUCGUUGUUUUGUUGGAGCUAUUUUUAUGUUGCGCAUUAAUAACCUAGAUUUCUAAUGAUGCAUAAGUACUAUCACUUCUUAAAAUCUAGUUUUGUUUUAAGACAAUGAAGGAAAAUCAAUGUCUAUGAAAAUAGGCUAAAAGUAGCGUUAUCAAAUAAAAUCUUUAUCUUUAAAAAAGUCGGUUUUGUUUUAAUUGUCUGUAAUAUUUUUCCAAUUGAACUACUUUUCAUCACACACGAGCACUUGCAACAAGUUGUAAACAUGUCCACUUAAAGGUUAUCCUGUAAACAUUUUAUGCCAAGACUUAGGGGCCUUCGUAAACAUAGCUUGCCGCCAAGGUCUCCAGAUAAAAAAAUUCUGUAAGUUAAAUCCCCGCAUUGACACAUAAUUGACCGGGGUUAAAGAAAAGAGGUUUCUUUCUGUGGACAAGAAGAAAGCAGCUGGUAAUCAGUACCAAAUGUAGCGCACGGCCACACGCUUAAUGCAGGACGUGGUGAUGCGUGUCGACAGAGAUUCUGUGAUACAAACGACCCAGAUUGCGUGAGUAGUCUGAACAUAAAACACCGGUACUGUUUACAAACAAACUUACGUGGAUCAGACAUUGGAUUCUGUAAACAUGCCAAACGUACGCACCAAAGUCUGGAACAUUGUUAAAGACAUCUGGUCACUGAAGCCCGUACUGCUGCCUGUCCUGGUGACCCUACUGCCUCUGCCUAUGGUCACAAACUCCGAGUCUAAGGCUACACGAUGUGGAUACACUGUUAUAGUGAUGGCGGUGCUAUGGCUGACGGAAGCCUUACCUAUACCAGUUACCUCCCUUGUACCCAUCUUCAUGCUGCCCAUGUUAGGCGUGUCCACAGCCAAGGAGGUCAGCAGCAGUUACGUCACGGACACGUCAAUGCUGUUUCUGGGGGGACUGAUCGUGGCCGUGGCGGUGGAGGAGUGGAACCUCCACAGGAGGAUAGCUCUGGCCAUACUCCGCCUUGUCGGCGCUCAACCCAAUCUCUUGAUGUUGGGUCUCAUGUUGCCCACCUGGUUUUUGUCCAUGUGGAUCAGCAACACAGCAGCAGCCGCCAUGAUGAUUCCCAUUGUUGGAGCUGUGACGUCACACGUUAAGUCUGUUGUAAUAGAAGGAGGAACAGAAAACCCAGACGACCUUUGUCUCCUAGCAACCAAAGACAAAGAUGUACACGUAGAGAUGCAAAAAGGAGAGAGGGUUGUUUUAACCUCCGUCAGCAAAAAGUCGGAUGAAAAGGAGAAAUCAAAUGAUGUCAACAGCACACCAAAGAGCGCGCAGUAUAAUCGCUCCCCAUCAAGGAACAGUGCAACUCCAGAUGCCCUCAAAAUGCACAGCAAACUCUCCAAAGCAUUGGCGCUAUCCAUAGCGUACGCUGCAAACACCGGCGGCAUUGCCACCCUAACCGGAAGUCCACCGAACCUCGUGUUCAAAGCAGUCAUUGAUGAGGCUUUUGCUCAGGCAGGGAAACUGUACGACGGCCAAGAAUGGGACUCCGGGGUCAACUUCACUUCCUGGCUGCUCUUUGCCCUCCCAAUCUCAUUUCUUACCCUUAUUCUGGGAUGGCUGUGGCUUCAGAUGUUUUUCCUUAGAUGCAAGCAGCCCUGCGAUUGCUUCAGGAAAAUAAAGUCCGACCGAGACAAGGAGGUGCGAGAAAUCAUCGCCAAGGAGUUCAAGGCGUUGGGCAGGAUAACGUUCGCGGAGUGCCUGAUUUCCAUUCUGUUUAUAAGUCUGGCAUUCUUGUGGAUUUUCCGAGAUCCGCCUAAUAUCAAAGGUUGGGGAGAUUUCUUUCCAAAAAGAUAUGUGAGUGAUUCCACACCAGUAAUGCUGAUUGCUGUGUUGUUGUUUGUUCUCCCUGCUAAAGUACCAGCAAUAUUUUGCGCAAGAAAAUCAGAUGAGGAUCGCUACACACCUUUGCUUACCUGGGAGAAAACGGCCGAGAAAGUCCCGUGGGGAGUGAUCGUCCUGCUUGGGGGUGGGUUCGCACUCGCUCAGGCCAGUGGGCGUUCUGGCCUGUCAAAAUGGUUUGGAGACAGCCUUGAGUUCUUCGCCAGUUACAAUCCAUUCGUGAUGUGCUUGGUGGUUAGUUUGGUGGUUGCAUCCGUCACAGAAGUCACUAGCAACACAGCAACAGCAACGUUAUUGAUGCCAAUAUUGCAAGAAUUGUCGAUCGCCGCUGGAAUGAACCCUAUCUACUUGAUGAUGGCGGCCGCGGUGGCGUGCUCGUUUGCCUUCAUGUUGCCCGUGGCGACUCCUCCAAGUGCCAUUGUGUUUGCCCAUGGAUAUCUGUCCAUUCCCGACAUGGCCUCAGCAGGACUUGCCAUGAACGUCAUUGCUGUGUUCAUCUUGACAGUCGGAAUAAACACUUGGGGGAACCUGCUUUUUAACUUUGCCACCAUUCCUGUGAUUUUCCAAGAAAUACUGAAAAACCAAACAUUUGGAGAGAUCGUGGUAAUGUUAGUUUUUGGAACGCUGGCAUUAUUGUGGAUCUUUCGCGAUAUUCCGGGAUUUGGGGGAUGGAAGGUCUUAUUUAGAGAAAACUCUAAAGGACCCUUUGUGAGGGACUCCACCUCAGCCAUGUUGGUAGCAGUGUCUCUGUUCUUUUUACCGGCCAAACUUCCAAGGGUCUUCUGCUGGAACAAAUAUGACGUUUCAGAAAGCAGUAACAAACCAAAGUACCACCCGAUUCUAACGUGGAAGAACACAGUUCUUAGAAUUCCUUGGGGCGUCAUUAUUCUCCUCGGUGGAGGGUUUGCACUGGCUUCGGCAACAUCCGCCUCUGGUUUGUCAAAGAAGGUUGGUUGCAGUCUCCGUAUUCUGGACAGCUUUGAACCCUGGGUAAUGAACUUGAUUUUAUCUUUGAUCAUCGCUGGCGCCACAGAAAUCACCAGUAACAGCGCCACCGCCACCAUACUGAUGCCCAUCAUGGCUGAACUGGCUAUUAACACUGGAUCUCAUCCAUUAUAUUUGAUGAUAACUGCAGCAGUUGCGUGCUCAUUUGCAUUCAUGCUUCCAGUUGCUACUCCCCCAAAUGCUAUCGUAUUUUCCACUGGGUACAUCAAGAUUCCAGACAUGGCCUUAGCUGGGCUCAUGAUGAAUGUGUUGGCAGUACUGGUUCUUAAUCUAGGAAUAAACACCUGGGGGAGUGCUCUGUUUGAUCUGGACACGGUGCCGUCUAUCUUUGGAAACUCCACCAGUAGUGCAUGCGAUCCCGUCACAGCCACAAUGGCUGCUUUUCAGGCCAACUUCACGACAGCAUAUGCUCAAAGUACUACCUCGCAAGCCCUCAGUAGCUUCAUGACGUCAUCCACCGUCAUUGCUCAGACACUUGUGAACAUUACGUCAGAGGCCAUUGGUAUGACCACAACUACGCAGAGCUUGCCAAGCGGGUUUGUCAUGCCGGCGGGAUAACUAUCCAAAUGUUUAUUCAUUAUCAUUGUUUAUCAAAAUUGACAUUGCCUUUCAAUAUUUGCAGGUUAUUUCUUUUAUAAACCAGCAAUUUUGGCGCUGUUGUUAUACCUGAAACAAAAAUGACCACAUGUGUUGUCAAAAUAUAAUUGUGAAGUUGUGCUCUCAUUACUGAUUGGGUUUCUUUUGGCUCCUUUCACGUCACUUGAUUUUAUGGACACUGGUCAUUCCAUAUUCACUGUUGUGGGCAUCAUACAAGAUGAUGAAUAGCAUAUAUAUAUUGAAUUUGCUUUUUUAGUGUUUGUAUGUAUGAAUGUUGUAAUGAACAGUAUAAUUGUUAUUUUCCUAUAAAUCAUCAAUGUAUGAUUAACGCUCAUUCUCUUAACAUUGUAAUGGAUAAACAGUUCAGCAAUUCGCAACGUGGUAUCAAUUUAAAUGAUUUCUCAAAUAAACUUAUCUGCCCUGA